AUGAUUAAUAGUAUCAUUCCUUCUGUACUACUCUUAUUAUUACAAAAUAAUUUUGGCUAUAUAGCAUUCGGUAAUGCUCAUUUAUAUUCGGUUAAACGAUGUUAUCAGGAGUUAGAAAAAGGUCGUAAAUUUUUACAACAAAUUAAACAUGAACUUAUAGUUGAUGAAUAUAAACGACAAAUGCAAUAUAUUCACAGAUUAAAGCAAAAUUCGAUUGAAAUGUUUAAUUUUGCUACAAAUGAAAUUAAUUCACCCAUAUGUUCAAUCAUUAAUAAUAGUGUUACCAAUGAUGAUAACGAUAAUAAUAAUGAUAAUAGCAAUGAUGGUAUGACUGUAUUAAUUAACUGGAUCAAUGAAAUGUAUAAUUAUUUAUCAAAUGCAAAAGAUACUUGUGAAGGACCAGAAUUUCAUAAUAUUACAACAAUUACUAUGCCACAAUUAGGAUCAUUUUUUUCAUUAUUUGUUAUCAAUCAUGGCUUAUCAUUAUGUUCCAUUUGUGAUCGUAUGCUUACAAAACUUGAAACUAUCCUUUUCUCAACAAACUCUAUGAAAUUUACAUAUACCGAGCAAACACUUUAUCAGUUUCUUGUUAUCCAUAUACCAACUGUUAAGACGAUAUGUUCGGGAUUAAUACCAACUUGUUAUCACUAUUACAAAACAAAUGGUAUAUAA